UAAUGUUUUUAUAUUUUUAGUUGGAUAUUGAUCAAAAUGGAUUCAGAAACUUCAGUGACAUUAAAAAGAAACAUCCUAAUGUAAAAUUAGAAGUUGCCGUUGGAGGGUGGGCUGAAGGAGGCUCCAAAUAUUCGGCUAUGGUGGCAGAUAAAUCAAAACGAGACAUAUUCAUCAACAGUGUUGUCAAUUUCCUUAUCGAAUACAACCUUGAUGGUUUCGAUUUAGAUUGGGAAUACCCUGGUGCUGCUGAUCGUGGUGGUAGCUUCUCCGAUAAAGACAAAUUCUUCUAUUUUGUGGAAGAACUUAGAACGGCGUUUAAUAAAGUGGGAAAAGGAUGGGAAAUUACAGUUGCAGUUCCAGUGGCCAAAUUCAGGCUUCAGGAGGGAUAUUAUGUUCCGGAAUUAUGCGAGUUGGUAGAUGCUGUUCACGUAAUGUCGUAUGAUCUAAGAGGAAACUGGGCAGGUUUUGCAGAUACUCACAGCCCUCUUUACAAAAGACCACAUGACCAAUGGGCAUACGAAAAAUUAAAUGUGAACGAUGGACUUCAAUUGUGGGUGGACUCUGGUUGUUCUCCAAAGAAACUUGUCGUGGGAAUACCUUUCUAUGGAAGAAGUUAUACUUUGAGUGCAGGAAAUAAUAACUACAAUUUGGGUACCUACAUUAACAAAGAAGCAGGUGGUGGAGCUCCAGGGCCUUACACGAACGCUACAGGAUUCUUAGCUUACUAUGAGAUUUGCGCAGAACUUCUAAACGAAGAUGGCGGAUGGACCAAAAAAUGGGAUGAACAAGGCAAGGUACCAUAUGCCUAUAAAGGAACCCAAUGGGUUGGUUAUGAAGACCCAGUAUCAGUCCAAAUCAAAAUGGAUUGGAUCAAAUCCAAAGGAUAUGCUGGAGCCAUGACUUGGGCCAUAGAUAUGGAUGACUUCCAUGGUUUAUGCGGUCCGAAAAAUACUUUAAUUCAUAUUUUACAUGCCAACAUGGAUUCCUAUGAUGUCCCUGAGCCACAUGUGUCUACAACUCCAAGGCCCGAAUGGGACAGACCAAAGAGCACUACACCAUCUGGCGGUUCCUCAUCGGCAACCAAACCAACACAGCCACCUACUAUUCCUUCAAGACCAUCAACGUCAAUAUCAACGUCAGCUCCUGUAUCUACGAGUUCAUCUCCUGUCCCAAGUACUCCAGAUGAUAGUGAUAAUUUCACCGAAUGUGAAGGAGAUUUUUUGCCUCAUAAAGACUGUAAUAAGUAUUACCGUUGCGAUCACGGAAAACCCAUGGUAUUCAGUUGCGAACCAGGAACUGUCUUUCAUAUUGGUCUCAAUGUAUGUGAUUGGCCAGCAAAUUCCGACAGAGAAGAAUGCAAGCCUUAAGUUAUUUUAUAUUAUUUUAAGUCUGUAUUAUUUUUAUAUUAAAAAAUAUAGUUAGUUUUUUUUAUAA